CUUGUUCACUCUACUAGUGAGUAAGUUAAGCAGCAACUGUCCUGACGAGAUAUUAACUGAAACUGAGUCAACGAUUUAAAAACAAAGCUAUGGAGAAACUUUCCCGACCACCGUGGAUGCAAACAGUCACUUGCCUCAAUGCUUUAAAAAGUGAUGAUGACAAAUACUCUGCAUGCAAUCUUACAAAAGUCCUCGGGGAAAGGCUGUACGUUUACUAUCCAGCCUCUAACAUCUCGGAGCUGGACCGUAUCUCCUCCCCACCAUCCUCUGCUUUUUCUGAAUCUGGACCCUCCAAUGCUACACCAGGACCUGCAGGUCUCCACAAGUUGGAGCCAGUCAGCAGGAGUGCUGACUCCUCUCUCCUGGUGAAGGCUCCAUGCAGACUGAAGGGUGAUGUUGAGGCUCUGAUGGACAUGAGCCGAAGCACUGAGGUCACAGAAAGCAGCUGGAUACUGAGGACUCUGCAGAAGCUAACUUUCAGCUCCAGCUACCUUGAUCCCUACACUUAUCAAGGCUGUGAGACUGUUGGUCGCAGGUACCUCUAUGCUCCCCUAUCUGAAAUAUCUGGAUUUGUGGAUGAGGGCUUCCCGCCUUGCACCCAUGUUCAUCCUGAUGGACGGGAGCCAGAGGUCAGUACUCUGGAAAGUGAAGGACUGGUUGAGACAUCCUGUUGCACUGCAGCUGCAGCCGAGUUGUUGCUUGUAGAAACAGAUGAGCCUCCAGUUUUUUAACUGGAGCAUCAGUGAAGAAGAAAAAUUCACUGCAUCCAUCUGAUGUCCUGAAAUAAAACAUGGUUUUGAAUAAAAUGAUAAACAUAGCUUAUUUGAAAUUGCCAUGUUGACAUGUUUUUACACAUUCCUAUCAAAACACAGCAAAAUA